AUGGAAGAAUAUCAUUCUGGACCCAACAACAUAUACAAUGUUGACGAAUCUGCCCUCUCAACAGUCCAGAAACCUUCCAAGAUAUUUGCUACUAAAGGCAAAAAACAGAUAGGAAAGAUUUUUUCUGUAGCUUAUGGAAAUGCUGCAGCAACUGCAAUAGCGUGUUCUGGCUUUGCUAAAACUGGAAUAUUCCCAUUCAACUCGGAUAUUUUCCCAGACUAUCUGUUUAUGCUCAGCUCGGUUACUGACCAUCCUCACGUAGCGGCAGAUACCGAUCAGUGUGCAGGUCCGACUAUCCAAAAAAAAACCAAUCAUUACAACCACAAAGUCCAUGCAUGA